ACCUCAAACUACGAGAUUGAGGUAUAUCGAUCAGGUUGAAGUUUGUGACAAUUUCUGAUAGAUUUUCUACUUUGUUCUCGCCAUGUUUAGCGAUUUGCCAUGCAUGACGUACGUUGCGUUUUACUUUGUGUCGUCAAGCAUCGUUCAGAGUAAUACUCCGUCGUCUGCGGCAAAUCAUUGGAAAUUAAGCGAGCAAGAUGGUGUUGUUGUCGUGACGCCUUCGCACGAAGACUCGCUGAUAGUUGCCAGACAGGAUCCCAUAUUCCGCGUUCUCGCUCAGAAAUAUCAUUUUGGUGACGAUGAUGAACGAUAUAACGGAGACUCGUGUGAAACAAAUACACAGAGCUGUGAAAGCUUUAAUUAUAGUUUACAAUGUGGAGAUCCAGUGGAGAACACAGAGUAUGAUCACUUGGAAGGCAUCCAAAGACGUCAUUCACAUCCAACUUUUCCUGAACCAGAAGUUGCUAUGAUAUUUAAGAAAACUGAAGGAGAUCAAAUCGAUAUGAAUUUACUUGAAAGCACUUUACAACAAAACAUUGAUAUAUUCCCAAAUUCUCUGUCAGUUUUAAAUGAAGUUGGUAAUUUCUGGAGAGUGAAAGGCAAUACAUUAUUGGCUAUAGAGUGUUUUCGCAAAGCGCUGAGUAUCCAACCCAACAAUGGUGACAUUUUAAUCAAUUUAGCUCGCGUCUUGUUCAAUCUCCAGUACUUGGAUGAUGCUGUUUAUCUGACCCGCAAAUCACUUGAAAUGAAAUCACCAGAUCAAAACACAUGGCUACAACAUUUUACUCUUGGUGAGAUUCUUAAAUCACUUGGUCACUACCACGAAGCUUCAGAACAUUUACAUCAUGCUUUAGAACUGAAUCCUACGUUUUACCCGAUUCGACAACACCUAGAAGCAUUGCAAUCACCAUCAAACUCCAGUGCAACCAUUUAUACCUUCAUUAUAAUUGGUUGUCUCAUAGUCGGUGUAUUAGUUGGUCUACACAUUGCGACUGAUGCUGGCCACAAAGAUUCAACUCAUCCCAAACGCUCUCCAAAAUGUGCAGUUCCUUGGAAUAGUGCCAAAUUCCCGGUACCACCUAGACUGAUGAAGUUAAAGAAAUAUCAUGUUUAG